ACCUUAGCAAUUAAGUCCAAACUCUGAUGUUUGGUUGAAGUGAGACAGACAGGAGAGGAACGUAAUUCUGAAGCAAGUGAGUCCAUUUGCACCAUGGAAACUGAACAUCGAGAGCAAACAGAAGCAUUUGACAACACUCCCUGGCCCUCCACUACCCUCCCUGACUGGAUGUCAGAUUUACCUGGCCAUCUUUCCCUUUCCAGAAUCUCAGUCCCUGGCACCCAUGACUCCAUGAGCCUGUUUGGCAACUCAAAGAUCCGUUGUCAGAGCUGGCCUCUUGAGGCUCAGCUGGCUGCCGGUGUGCGCUUUCUGGAUAUCCGCUGUAAACUAGAAGGUGGCCAUUUCCUUAUCUACCAUGUCAACACUUUCCAGGAGGCUGAUUUCUCUGAAGUCCUGAAAAAGACCUUGGGCUUUCUUGAGGAGCACCCAUGGGAAACAGUACUUAUGAGGGUCAAAGAGGAACUCCCAAUGAUUCCCAAUGAAGCCUUUGCCCCCCGUUUGCGACAGUAUCUGGAAGAAGAAGGCCAGGGUCGUGUUUGGGCAAAGGAAACCAUUCCCACCUUAGGACAGGCACGGGGGAAGGUUGUCAUCUUGGAGGAACUGGAGGAAGAGGUGCUGGGAGUGCCGCAUGAGGAAUUGAAAGUUGGCGAUGCUUGGCAUGUUCUCUCUGCAGAGCGUAAAUGGGACCGGGUUAAGGAGCACCUUGGUGUGGCAACCACCGGCGACCUAGCUAUCCUGCACCUUACCUUUUGCUCUGGUAAUGGGCUUUUCACCAACCCUGAGGAACUAGCCAAAGACAUCAACCCGCGAUGCUAUGAGCAUCUGAGGGCUCGGGCCGGGGAAACUGUGCGUUGGGGUGUGGUGAUCAUGGAUUUUCCUGGCACAGGACUGAUUCGCAUCAUUGUGGAGAGUAACUUGGAGAUGGGGAGUGGCUGCACAACUGCUUAGCUGCUUUGUGAUGGCACAAAGCUACAAAAGGAAUGAAGAUUCCAGAAUAGUCAGCAUGUUAGCUUGAGCUGCUGUGUGGCAGUUAGUUUUUGUUGAGAGAGGUACUGUUAUGAGGUUGAAGGCCCUGGAGCCUGCCGACUGAAAUUCCCACCCACUCCCCUUUGUAUUUGCUGGUUAUGCGUUCCUAAGGUACGGUGUAAAGGACAACAAAGCCAUUUUGAAAGUAACAAAAAUAACCAAGAGAAACUGGAAUAAAUGCCAUCUUCUCCUUGGCCGAUUUCCCUCAUGCACAGCAGAAUCAUCCCAUUGUUCAAAAAGUAGCAUGAGUUUCUCAGGGUCAGCAAGAAACAUACACACACACACAUAGACACACACAAAAUCACCUCAUACCCAGACCCUCCUGUGCAGGGAGGGGGAGAGAAAAAAAGUAUUUUGAAAAGAAGCUUGAAUCCAGGAAGGGGGGGGCAUAUGGCGAUCUGAACUCCAACACAUGUAAGAACGUUCUCAAUGCAGGACUGCAGGAAUGGAACCAAGAAGGGAGUCUGAGCCUUGGCCCAAGCCUUGAGGCAAACAGAUUCCUUUCUGAUUUUGGGUCAGAGCUCUUACACAUCACUCCAGCUGUAUUCAACUGUCCACUCCUGGGCCUAGGAUAAGUAAUCUCUCCUAUCUUUCACUCUUUAUAGUAAUAGGGUCCUUUGAUCUCUUUAGUUUAAAGUUAUGAAUGGGUUAGGAUAUUAAUGAUUAAUGCUGCCAUGCAGCCAGUAAUUUUGUAAUACUACUUUGCUCUUUUCUCUCAAUAAAAGGAAGCUGGUUUGGACCUGCAUUUCUUGGGUUAUACAUGCACCAUUUAGGCACACUUCAGGGCAAAGUGCUUGUUUUAUCCAUAGCGAAAGAUCCCCCUCCUCUCGAGGAGGUGUGUUUCAUAGGACAUGUGUGUGGCAAGUUCACACACUCAGGUUCCCAAGAGCACCUGUCGUAAUAGUACAGAGGUCCAAACUAGAAUUCAGGUUAAGAAGGACCUGCUCUUAAUCACAGAUAUUUGUGGGGUAGGCUGUGAAUGAUUAUCCCGGGUGCUCAGAAUCCCUUUGUUUUGUCAAUUAUUACUUUACUACUGAAUUGUAGGUCUGAUCUGUUGGAGAGUGGCAAAAUUGGGAAUGGAGAGACUGAGUGAGCCCUUAUGUGUGUUUGAAUCUUUGCUAAAGAUUAUACCUUCCCUGCAAAUUAGUCAGACAGAGACUUUAAGCUUUAAAAUAAGAAAUAACUACUUUAUUCUGGAAAUACAUACUUGAUAGGAAAGAGUUCUACAUCUAGCCAACUAGCUAAGUUGGAGAUGCAAACACUAAGCCUAGAGUUUGCCCUCAUGCCUGGAGGAAAGGAAGAGACAAAAAGAAUAUGUCUGCUCUCCCUCUCAAGAGAAAGAAGGAGGAAGGUGGUCAACAUCCUUUGCAUAUCAGUCUAGCAGGAAGGGAGAGACUGCAGGAGAUCAAAGGACAGGUAUUAGCCUAGCAAGCAGGAGGUCUCCUCUCUAGCUACCCUUUUUAACCCCAUGCAGCCUCAAUCUACAAGUUGGAGUUGAACCACAUAUUCCAACAUGAUUGAUGGUCCAUUUGGCUUAGACUUCUGUGUACUGACAUUUGCUAUUAACAUGAAGUUGAGUGAAGUGCUCUAAGGGGAACGAGACUGUCGCUCAAUGGUAGAGAGCACAUGCUUUGCAUGCAGAAGCUCCCAGGUUCAAUCCCUGGCAUCUCUAGGUAGAGUUGGGAAAGAGUCCUAGUGUCUGGAAACCUUGGAGAACUGCUGCUGGUCAGUGUUGCUAUACUAGGUUAGAUGGCCCAUUAGUCUGACCUAGUAUAAAGCAGCUUCCCACAUUCCUUUGUGUUUUUCAGGGCUUAGACCAGGGGUGGGCAGACUUUAGGCUUGUGGGAUAUACUUUAUUGUUUACUAGAACUCCACACUCCACUAGCCAGAGCCAAAGGCAAAAGACAUAGAAUUAGGAACUGAGCUGAGCAUUCAGUCCUUUUAUAGAAAAAUCCACUCCUGGUCUCCUUCACACACCUCCUUCCUUCCCAGUUUUCUUUGUUUUAGCAGUAUAAUUUAGUGGGAGAGGGAGUUAUGUUGUUGUUGCUGUUGUUAAACAAUUGAGAGUCAGAAACCCUUGCCAAUCUAUUUCAAAUCACCCAGAGAUCUACCAGCAGAUCCUGAUCUACUUUCAGCCCACCCCUAGCUUAGACAGUGCGUGCAUGGGCCAACAGGAUUUCAGCUUUUGUGCAACAGACCCUCAAGGCCUGAUUCAGGCCACACCUGCAUCUUACAUUUAAGGAUGUCCGUUUCACAUUUUUCUAAUCUUAAAUUUGGUUCUCCACAUUUCCGCAGUAAUUGGCAGAUUCUUUUUUUAAAAAAUCCUCAUGAAAAUUCGCCAACAGUUUAGUAAGAAUUUCUCCUACUAAACACAUUUUUGGAUGAAGUUUUGACUAAUGUACACAUUUCUGCAAGCCAUUUCCCUAAUAUAAUGUAUUUAUUUAUUUAUAACAUUUAUAUACCGCCCCAUAGCAUAAGCUCUCUGGAUGGUAUACAGCAAUUUUUGUAUGUUAGUUUCACUAAUCAGGGCCAGCGCCAGACAUGCUCAAUCCAGACAAGACUGAGAUGCUGCUAGUGGGUGGUUCUUCUGACCGGAUGGUGGAUGUCCAACCUGUCCUGGAUGGGGUUGCACUCCUCCUGAAGGAGCAGGUUCAUAGCUUGGGGGUUCUCCUACAACCAUCUCUGUCACUUGAGGCUCAGGUAGCCUCGGUGUCAUGGAGUGCCUUCUACCAACUUUGGUUGGUGGCCCAACUACGUCCCUAUCUGGACAGGGAUAACCUGGCUUCAGUUGUCCAUGCUCUGGUAACCUCCAAAUUAGAUUACUGCAAUGCACUCUACGUGGGGCUGCCUUUGAAGAGGGUUCGGAAACUGCAGCUUGUGCAAAAUGCAGCGGCCAGAUUGGUAACAGGGACCAGACGGUCCGAACAUAUCAAACCGAUUCUGGCCUGCUUGCAUUGGCUGCCUGUAUGUUUCCGAGCUCGAUUCAAGGUGCUGGCUUUGACCUAUAAAGCCUUACACGGCUUGGGACCACAAUACCUGAUGGAACGCCUAUCCCAAUACAAACCCACCCGUACACUACGUUCAAGAUCAAAGGCCCUCCUCCGGGUGCCUACUCCAAGGGAAGCUCGGAGGGUGUCAACAAGGGAGAGGGCCUUCUCAGUGGUGGCCCCCAAAUUAUGGAAUGUUCUGUAUGACAAGGUGCGCCUGGCACCAACACUGUUAUCCUUUUGGCACCAGGUCAAGACUUUCCUCUUCUCCCAGGCAUUU